ACUCCAGUCUUUUCAUUCCUUCUGGUACCGGGAAUGAAGGGUAGUAGCCCAAACACAAAGGAAGAGACGGUGCCUGCACAGUACGGAUGGCUGUGGUGCCCCUUCCGCAGAUACAGAACCAGACCCAGAAACAAAAGCAAAGUUUUUCCAUGGUUUGGCUUGGAUAUUGGUGGAACCCUAGUUAAGCUGGUUUAUUUUGAACCUAAAGACAUCACUGCUGAAGAAGAAAAGGAGGAAGUGGAGAGUCUGAAAAGUAUUCGCAAGUACCUGACCUCCAAUGUGGCUUAUGGAUCCACAGGAAUUCGGGACGUGCACCUUGAGCUGAAGGACCUGACUCUGUGUGGACGCAAAGGCAAUCUGCACUUUAUACGCUUUCCCACUCAUGACAUGCCUGCUUUUAUUCAAAUGGGCAAAGAUAAAAACUUCUCGAGUCUCCACACUGUCUUUUGUGCCACUGGAGGUGGAUCAUACAAAUUUGAGCAGGAUUUUCUCACAAUAGGUGACCUUCAGCUUCACAAACUGGAUGAACUGGAUUGCUUAAUAAAAGGAAUUUUGUACAUUGAUUCAGUUGGAUUUAAUGGACGGUCACAGUGCUAUUAUUUUGAAAAUCCUGCUGAUUCUGAAAAAUGUCAGAAGUUACCAUUUGAUUUGAAAAAUCCAUACCCUCUGCUUCUGGUGAACAUCGGCUCAGGGGUUAGCAUCUUAGCAGUGUAUUCCAAAGAUAAUUAUAAGAGGGUCACAGGCACCAGUCUUGGAGGAGGAACUUUCUUUGGUCUCUGCUGUCUUCUUACUGGCUGUAGCACUUUUGAAGAAGCUCUUGAAAUGGCAUCUCGUGGGGAUAGCACCAAAGUGGACAAAUUAGUUCGAGACAUUUAUGGAGGAGACUAUGAACGGUUUGGAUUGCCAGGCUGGGCUGUGGCUUCAAGUUUUGGAAACAUGAUGAGCAAGGAGAAGAGAGAGGCUGCCAGUAAGGAGGACCUUGCCAGAGCAACUUUGAUCACCAUCACCAACAACAUUGGCUCCAUAGCAAGAAUGUGUGCCCUUAAUGAAAACAUUAACCAGGUUGUAUUUGUCGGCAAUUUCCUGAGAGUCAACACAAUCGCCAUGCGACUUCUGGCAUAUGCUCUGGAUUACUGGUCCAAGGGGCAGCUAAAAGCACUGUUUUCAGAGCACGAGAUUCCUGUUUGAGCCCACUCCUUACUGCUGGAGACUGUAGGGCAUAUGUCUUUUUAAUUUUUACUUUUUAAACUGGGUCUCACUAUGUAGCCUGGUUAUCCCUUCCUGUACAGGUAGGUUUGGCCCUUUCCCACUUCCCCCUCCUUCCAGACUGUUGGCUUUCACCCUGUGUUACUAAGCUUAGUGUCUUCUCACUGACUGUUGGAAAUGUCCAGGCCUUUGCCCUAGGACAGGACAGCCACCAUUUGUCUUUGUUAGGGUUUUAUUGCUAUGAUAAACACCAUAGCCAAAGCAGCUUGGGAAGGAAAGGUUUAU